UUUGUAUAAUUACAUCUUAUUGAUAUUAAUUUUGUGGUGGAUUCAUUCAAUAAUCAGACCCAAAAAAGAAAAAUAAAAUUUUGUUGAAUAAUUUGGGGGAGAAAUGGAUUUAGAUUAUCUAAUAUUUCUAUAAACAAAAUUUAAAAUCACACCCAGAAAAAAUUCGCUAAGUUCGGACGAGGAAUUUCCUCCAAAAUGAGUGCGAGUACCCUUGUCGCCGAAGCAGUGUGGAAGCAGAUCGAGUCGACUCGAUCAGUGACUGACGAUCAGCUUUCAAUAUUGCAUUUCUUGUUUGGGAAGAACUUCGAGCGAGCUACUCGGAUUGUGGAUCAAAGUGGAGUGAAGAAAAUUUCAGGCGAGCCAAGCGGACGGUCCAUCUUUCAGGUUGUGGGAGAAUCUCGAAGGAAAGAGGAGUAUUUCUGUUUCCCAGAAAACUUUUGUGCCUGUUAUUCCUUCUUCUAUGACAUUGUGAACAGAGGAGAACAGCUUUGCUGCAAGCAUCAGUUAGCUGCAAGGCUUGCUGCUUCACUGGGGGCUUGUGUUGAAGUUAAAGUAUCUGAUGAAGAGCUAGCGAUAUUAUUGUCCAAUCUUUAGUGACUUUAUCAAAGCCAAAGCUCUCAGUACUCAAAGUUUGAGAGAACACUGGCAGUGCUAUUUGGACGACAGUUUUUCUCUUGCAAACAGAUUUUGUACAAGGAAAGUUUUGGCCAUUACCAUAUGUCAAGUCUGCCGUUACUAUUAACAUCCAGUUCAAAUACAUUAUUUAUCUGUAUAGUUUAAGAGUCGGGAUUUGUGAUUGGGUUCCUUGUAUGAUAUAUUUGUUUCGGGGCAUUGGAUAUUUGAACCAAAAGUACUUGUCUGAAAUAGUUGAGCUAUACUCAGGUUGACAAAAAUUACAAGAGUU